ACAUCUUUUUUUGCAUUCACGGCAUAUAAAAUACGAAAAUAAUGGCCAAUCAGUCAUAUAUUGUGGAUAUAUUUUACCAUCAGUAUUGGUCCGAUUAUAGGAUAUUACCCCAGAAUCUAACACAUGAUCAAAGAAUAGUAUUGGAUAAUAAAUGGAGACAUAAAUUAUGGAUUCCUGACUCGUAUUUCAAGAACGCAUUGAGCGGUCACGUGACUGACAUAAUAUUCCCGACACUAUAUUUUGCGGUUCACAAUCAGACGGAAGUAUUUAUGGCUUCGCGGGUAUCACUACAGUUGAGCUGUGAUAUGGAUUUCGCCAAAUUUCCUCACGACACCCAAACAUGUCAUAUAGACAUUAUGUCACUGUCACACAAUAUGAAAACAGUGAUCCUCUCGUGGAAAGAGUUUUACAUCACUCCUUACUUACAUCUGCCACAAUUCUGGUUAGCCGGGUAUUCACACGAGACAUGUAUGAGAAAUUACGCCAUC